UUCUUCCCCUCCGCCCGUCUCUCUCUCCCUCCGCCACUUGCCCUCCGCACACCCCCACCCUUCUCUCUCCCUCUGCUCCCCAUAAUAUGCUUUCAUUAAAAAUAAAAAAAAAUUCCAUUAUAGAAAUAGUUUUAAUUUCAGACUUUUUUAACAGUUAUGGUGUGAUUUAUAUGCUCUUCAGUGUUUAUGUAGGAUGUUUAGCUCUGGCCUAACUGUACUGUACGUAUUGCUCAUAUUUUAAACGUGUGAAGAGAAAGGAGGUCAGGGACACACACACACACACACACACUCUGUCUGCUCACACUGACCUGUCUGGUGCCCGUAGCCCGAGACCGUGUGGCCUGUUACUCAUCACCGGUUUGAGACGUCACUGGGCUGCCACAACAGAGAGAGUUAGAAUAAGAUGUUUGUGUUUAAAGCCUUGAAUCUCAUUUCAAAGCUGUCUGUACAAUGCAGGCCAUGAUAUCUUUUAUUACUUCUUAUGUGUUUAGUUAAUUUCUUCUGUCCAUUCGGAAAAAACUGCAUGGAUACAACAAUGUGAGCACGCCUGCAUUGUGUAACUUGGGUAACUCUAAUGUUGGGGUACUCUGCCAGCCUGAAAGCAGUCAGUGAUCCCUCAUGCCAUUUCAGUAUUAUCUAAUCUAAAUCCCUGUGUACUCCCUUCCUCCCAAACUAAAACCCUGUGUACUCCCUUCCUCCCAAACUAAAUCCCUGUGUACUCCCUGGUGGAUCGCUAAUCUAGACCAUGCGCUUGUAACUUCAUAAUCUUGCUGUCUUGUCCCUGGCUUGCGUUCAUAUUGAAUUUGCAGAAAACACUGCUGUCACUGCUUGUUUUUAUACUGCUAACCUGUUCCAAUCAUACUCCGUUUGUGCAUCUGCUGAUAAAUGUGAUGGUUUGUGUUUACCAUUUUUAUUCUGUUUAAAGAAAUUAAGUUAAUAGACAGAAUCGUAAAUUUAUAAAUCUGAGGAUAUGUGAAGAAAUCAUAACAUUAGUGCCAAACGUUAAUGCAUUCAAAAGAACAUGAAAGCUUCUCUGAAAUUUAAAUUCUUUAUGAUGCUUUUUUAUGAUUUUCUUGGUUAAUAUCAUAGAUAUGUCCUGCAUGUUGACAGAAAACAAUUCACACUGUAAGUAAAGCUCAUCCUGCUCUCAUGAAUAGAUGUGUUUUUUUUUUAUAUAGAGAAUUAGCCUCCCUUCAAAACAUUAAGACACAGAGGUUGCCAUCGUCUAAGACUUCACUGCAAGUAAAACGCCUACAAGAACCAUGCAGUGAAUUCAGUGUAUGUAUAUAAAACUCAAUUUAAAUGGACUCAAAACUAGAAGCUUUAUGAUAGUUUUGUGUGCAUGCCCUAACAGAUAAGAUCAAUCCUUGGACUAUUGUGAAAAUUUCAAAUAGAGCAUCAAGAUCAGGCAGCCACAAUGUUAUAUUUUUGGGAAAUAAGUUACAGAUGAACUUUCUGAUUUUGUAUUCAAAAGAAUAUGGUUGUAUAAAUAAGUCAAAUAAAAUUGUAAAAUAAGUAUUUUCAUAUUUUACGCAAAUAUCAUACUGUAACUGUGCUGUCUGUCACUUUGUAAAGCAAUGAAUAUUUUCACCAUGGAAGGCAAAUAUAUAUUUAGCUACUGGACACGCAAAUGCAAGAAUCGUCAAUUAAAAGGCCAUCAAUAGAAGUUAAGCCCCAUUUAUGUUUGCCAGACGUACAUGGGAUUAUUUAAGAGCUUUUCUCUGGGUUCCAUGUCUGCUUUAUUUUAAAACCAGGACUGAGGUUUGAUGGAAGAACCUUUAAUUGACUAACUGACUGUAAUCGAUGGUGGAAAAGCUGAAUGUGACGUCUCUGUGACUUAAGACCAUGAAGGACCGCAUGUUUCUGUUACGCCAUCGAAGGGGCCAGUUUGCAGGAGUUUAAUAAUGCAGGAUACCCUGAGACUUCCAGCAGUACCCAGCAGCCUCAGCGUGGGUUCCAGCCCGCUCACGCUUACGAUACCCAGCAGCCUCAGCGUGGGUCCCAGCCCGCUCACGCUUACGAUACCCAGCAGCCUCAGCGUGGGUCCCAGCCCGCUCACGCUUACGAUACCCAGCAGCCUCAGCGUGGGUCCCAGCCCGCUCACGCUUACGAUACCCAGCAGCCUCAGCGUGGGUCCCAGCCCGCUCACGCUUACGAUACCCAGCAGCCUCAGCGUGGGUCCCAGCCCGCUUACGAUACCCAGCAGCCUCAGCGUGGGUCCCAGCCCGCUUACGAUACCCAGCAGCCUCAGCGUGGGUCCCAGCCCGCUCACGCUUACGAUACCCAGCAGCCUCAGCGUGGGUCCCAGCCUGCUUACGAUACCCAGCAGCCUCAGCGUGGGUCCCAGCCCGCUUACGAUACCCAGCAGCCUCAGCGUGGGUCCCAGCCCACGUACGAUACCCAGCAGCCUCAGCGUGGGUCGCAGCCCGCUCACGCUUACGAUACCCAGCAGCCUCAGCGUGGGUCGCAGCCCGCUUACGAUACCCAGCAGCCUCAGCGUGGGUCCCAGCCCGCUUACGAUACCCAGCAGCCUCAGCGUGGGUCGCAGCCCGCUUACGAUACCCAGCAGCCUCAGCGUGGGUCCCAGCCCGCUUACGAUACCCAGCAGCCUCAGCGUGGGUCCCAGCCCGCUCACGCUUACGAUACCCAGCAGCCUCAGCGUGGGUCCCAGCCCGCUAACUGCAGUAAAGAGUCAUACGUGCUCUUUCAGUCACUGCCUGUUUCCAGAGAGAGCUUAUGCAAUAUCGACCGCUGUAGAGCAACUACGGUCCUGUUUCCUGUGCCCCAAACGGUCUUCAGCCGCGUCUGAGUACGUUACAGUCACGAUGCACUGUGCUUCUUAUGGCUGUGCUUCUUGUGGCUGUGCGCACUUUGUCACAUAAUUUUUUUUCUUAUUUUGAUCAUGCAUCUUCCUGCAAAUCACACAAAUAGUGUGUGUCUGUUCACUUUUUUUUUUAGUCCUUUAAUGAAUACUAUGCAUUUGACUUUUAUUGAAAAAUGAAUAACUCCGUGUCUGUGGGGCAACACUCCAUUUGCCUGUACAAAGUGUUUUGCUGAUGGCCUUGCUUUUCUCAUGUAGCUUACUUCUCCAUUUCCCAAGGCCGUUAAUAAGUAGUUAGGACCUUAUUGAUUUUCAAAUAACAUGACUUAUUCUUUGAGCUUGCAUAAUGUUCGCUUACAUUACCAAGAUAUUCAGCCCUGUUUGUACAUUUUCAUGAUUAAUAAAACCACUCUAAUGUAAUACCUACUAUUUAAUUUUAAGAAUAUUUUCAUUUGUUACUGAAGUUGAAGUAUUGAUAUGAGAAAAGAUUAGGCUCGUAAUACGCUUGGCUGCUGUGGUAUAUUAGAGUACAUGUCUGGUCUGAUUUUCUGUAAUAUACUCCAAUGUUUCAGAUAAACGCACAUGCCGAGAUUCUGUGCCUUCUUAAACUUAACACAUUUAAUUUGUACAGAAACAGGCGCUGAAAGUGUUAAUCAGGCUUCAUUUAAUUUUCUAUUGUCACGUCUAUAUUUUGUAUUAAGGAAAAAAUAAACCCUGCAAAAAAAGUU